AAGAUCUACGCGUGGGAUGUCGUCAAUGAGGUGCUCAAUGAGGACGGGUCGGGCAAUAAGCUGAGGGACAGUCUAUUCUCGCGAACUCUAGGUUCUGGUUUCGUAGAGGAGGCCUUCCGUACGGCACACGCGGCCGACCCUAACGCCAAGCUAUACAUCAAUGACUACGGCAUCGAAGGCCAGAACAAGAAGUCGGACGCCUUAUACGAGUUGGUGAAGGAGUGGAAGGCUAAGGGAGUGCCCGUUCAUGGGGUCGGUAUGCAGGCACACUUCCGGGAGGGUGGUAUCCCCUCAAACCUCCAGCAUAAUAUUCAACGAUUUUCCGAUUUGGGAGUGGAUGUGGCCAUUACUGAGCUUAAUAUCCGGUAUAAGUUACCAGGCUCAGCCGACAAGAAAGCGAAACAGGCCCAGGAUUAUAGUCAUGCAUUUAGCGCCUGUAUGAAUGUGGAAAGGUGUGUCGGAGUCACCGUUUGGGGAUUUACCGAUAAAUACUCCAAUAUUUUUGAUCAGGGUUAUGGGGAACAGGAACUCUGGACCGCCGAUUUUCAGCCUAAAUCCUCUGUCGAUGCGGUCGAUAAAGUGUUAAAA